AUGACUCCUGCCCUCCCAGUCCUGCUGUGCCUCGGGCUGUGUCUGUGCAAGGAGCCAAGGACCCAGGCAGCAGACAGAAUCCCCAAACCCUCCCUCAGGGCAGAGAAUGGCACUUUAGUGCCCCAAGGGGGAGCUGUGACCCUCAGGUGCAGGGCAUCAUGGGAGGCUGAAGAGUGGCGGCUGGAGAAAAUUCGAGAAUCUGGAUGGUCACAGAUCAAAUCUGUGAGAUUAGCUGGAAAUGAGAGUGAGUUUUCCUUUCCAUCUGUAACAUCAAAUAAUGCAGGGACCUACCGGUGCCUCUACAGACAUUCAUCCUUUAGGUGGUCAGAGCGCAGUGACCCCCUGAAGCUGGUGGUGACAGGCUUCUCUGCCUCGCCUUCGCUGGCAGCCCUGCCCAGCUCUGAGGUGGCCGCAGGACAGGACGUGACCCUGCAAUGUUGGUCAGAGCUAAAUUAUGACUGGUGUGUCCUGUGCAAAGAUGGAAAAGAGGUCACUCGGGGCAGGAUGCAGCACCAUGAAAGGAGGUAUCAGACCAAUUUCUUCUUCCCUGCUGUGAAUCCUACCCACAAUGGCACUUAUCAAUGCUAUGGCUUUAAUAGUUCUUCCUCCUAUAUGUGGUCCUCCCCCAGCGCCCCCCUGGUGCUCAGCAUCUCAGGUGCUGCUGCCCAGGAUUACACUAUGGGCAAUCUGGUCCGCCUCAUCUUGACUGGACUGAUCCUCAUCCUCCUGGGGGUUCUGUUGAUUGAGCAUUGGAAAAGCUCCAGGGGCCACUAA